AUGUAUUUAUUUAGUACGCUUGACGACAAAGAUCAAUCAUCUAAAGAUGAAACAACUAAUUCGAUUACUAAUCAUCGAUCAAAGGGUACAAUAGCUGCUGCUAGUCGUUUCAUGUCUUUUUUAUCAAAAAAAUCACACAAGAGUAUUUCUAAAAAUUCAAAUAAUACUAAUGAAAAAGCUUCGUUAUCUAAACCGCCCACCUCACACUCAAGUCCACAUUUAGUAAAUUCAUCGUCAACAAUGAAUAGAUCAUCAACAAAUCCAUCCAAUUUAAAUAACCUAUCAAGAUUAUCAACAACAUCAACUAAUUCAAUAAUACCAACACCAGAAACAAUUGACGUUAAUUUUAACUUCAAUUUAACGUAUACACAAAUACGUGAAUUAAUUGAUACAAAUUUAAAUUAUUUUUCUCUACAAAAAAAUGAUAUUUGUCAAAAAUUUGAAGGUUUAUUUAUUCAACUUUCACAUUCAUUAGAAUUAUCUAUACCAUUUAUUCAAUAUCUUAUUGACAAUUUUCACCAUUUUGAUUAUAGUUCUGAAAUUCGUGCUAAUGGAUAUCGAACAUUAGUUGUAUCACAUGGUCAUGCAUGUUUACGAACAUUAGAUAUACUUCAACAAGUUGAUAGAAAACGUGUUGGUCAUUUAUUUAAUCUCAUGCAUGCAGCUAAAUUAUUUCAAGAGCUUGAAUCUUGGACAAAGGCUCUUAUAGGAAUGCAACAUAUAUUAGCAUUUGCUGUUAAAAUUAUUGAUUAUACAGAGAAAAGAAUAUUAUAUGUUGAUGUUACUCAAGUACCAAUGGAUGUUGAACUAGAUUAUUUUAAAAUGGUCGCUUCUGAUACUGAAUCUUUUUUUGGUAGAACAUGUGGAUUUCAACUUGAAAAUGAUCGAACCUUGGAAGCAGAAGUGAGAUGUAUGGGUCCAAUAGCCAGUCUUUGUCGUUUCCGAUCGGAGUCCUUAUAA